AUGGAGACACUCACGUCCACCCUGCUGGCCCUAGAAGGCAAUGUUGACAGGCCAGCGCCAAAUCCAUUCGACGUGUACCGGAUACAUGUCUCUCAGAUAAUCUCCGCCAUUACUGGAGCCUCUCCCGAGGUUGUCUUUCCGGCCCUGCAGGUGGCGCGGACACUCUCAGAGGGUGAUCUCAUCCUGGCGACCGCUGCUCUUCAACUUGCAGACGCUGACUCGAGCCAACUCAUCCGAAACAAAUUCCCUGAGUCCGUAUUGGUAAAUCAUCCUGUCGCGGACCACAACAACUCUCUUCAAUUCUACUUCAAGCCUGCGCCCUUGGCUGCCCUGGUGCUACCUCAGGCCCUUGAUAACACCACAUGCCACAUUUCUGGGCUCAACCAACCAACAGGACUUGAUCGACAGCAAUCAUCAUUUCUCCAGUCUUCUCUUAAUCAACUCAACUCUCUUCUAAGCACUGCGGACUUCGGAGUAGAGCAGCUACUGACCGCUGACUUUUCCCUCCUCACGGAGAAAUCCGCCGUCGACAUCGUCCGGACCCUCGCCCACUGGCCUGCCGUACUAGGAAGCAUCUCAUCGGUGAAACAGCCUGCAGAUGUAUCGAAAUACCUCCUAGAACUGGCCCAGUUGCUGGAGGCGAGCUACAGUCAAUUGAACAUUGGAAGUGGCGCACAGGAUGUUAGAAUUGCUCGCUUGGCGCUGUAUGUUUCUGCACAGCGUGUUAUGACGAGUGGAAUGCAACUUCUCAAUUUUGAGAAGUUUGCUAAUACCUACCAGUAG